AUGGCUUCCACGGUCGUCGCUCCCUUUCUGGCCCUUAGCCUCCUCCUCUUUGCUGUGGUAGCACACGGUUGCACACCCAACUGCCCCGGCGAGCAGGCUGUCCCGGCAACACCCGUUGCAGUGCCAGUGCAGUCGCACCAUGGCCAGCACGAUGAGCAUGGCCGUUGCCCGAUCAACGCCCUGAAGCUGAGAGUGUGCAUCAACGUGCUAAACGGGCUGGUCGAUAUGAAGAUAAAGGGCCCCGAUGACUGCUGCUCGUUGCUGUCAGGGAUCGCCGAUCUCGAUGCUGCCAUCUGCCUUUGCACCGCCGUGAAGGCCAAUGUGCUUGGCAUUAGGGUCAACCUCCCAGUUGAUCUCGGACUCAUCCUCAACAAGUGUGGCAAGACCUAUCCGACCGAUUUCACCUGCUAAGCGGCACAGUUAUAAUAUUCCAGAGUUUAAUUUGGUGUGGUUGUUCGCUAUUGUGGUUGUUGGCUAUUGUUCCCCGUGAGUAAGUCUCUUGUCGGGUUUGCAGAUUGAUGUGCGGUUUUAUCAUCCUUGAAUCACUUUAAUUUGAUUGUUGUAAGUCGUUUUUUCUUUCUAAAAUCCAUUAUAUAUAUUGUUA